UUUCUCUUUAACCAUUAACAAAACUGAAUUCUUUGUGUGUUUAUUAAUUUAAUAAACUUUGAGGUUAAUCUUAGGUUUUUACUGAACUAAUACCUGGGUCAGCUAUAUAUUUGGUUCGAUUGAUUGGUUUUCGCAUAAUCCAGUGGUGACGGAUAAUCUCGAAUAAUAUCGUCUUUUUAUGAGUUAAAAAUUUUAGAUGGGACAAAGACAAAGUGCAAAUACGCAUAAUUUGGAUUCGAAGCCUUGUCCAAAGAGGCAUAACCUCGAGGAAAAACCAGAAAAGAUAAAGUUUUCAAUGUUGCCAGACGAUAUUCUUUAUACAAUUUUUGAUCACCUUACGUAUAAAGAUUUGUUAAAUGUACGAGCCUCAUCAAAGCGUCUCCUUGAGUGUAGCGCUGAUUACAUUAAGCACUGUUGCUUGAAAAUGGAGAGAAUUAAAAAUAAUAAGCUAUUUGACGAGUCUAAUGCGGCUAUCAAGCUUGCAACACAAAUGUUCGUUAAAUAUGGGUUUGAGGAUUCUUUUUAUAUACAGUACCACUCAUAUUUAAAUAAAUCGAUAGCUGAUGUUUCAGGUUUUCUCUACAAUUUUUAUAAUUGUGUUUACUCCAUAAAUCACGGCAACCAACUCAAGAUGAAGUCAUUAUUUACAAUGAAUGUGUUACUCAUAAUUAUGCAAUUUAACAACAUCAUAAUUCAAAAACCAAUCUCUCUACGGCGUAUCUGGCGGGUUAGCAUUAAAAGAACAGGAGCAUGGGUAGGAUUAUGGUCACUCUCACGUGAUGACAUUGACAAGUGUUGUGAUUUUAUAGCUUUAAUUUUUGAAGCGCUUAAGUUUUAUAAUCCUCGUCUAGAAAUCAGAGAAGUUCACAAUAACAACUGGAUACAUACCCCUAUUGACGUCAAAGUAGAAACUAUCAUAACACUUAAAGUACAUGGUGGUAGAGAGAUACGUUCAUUAUUGGAAUCCAUAAUAUUUCAAAAAAAUUUUGACCCUACAAUUCAGAAGCUCACUGGAUGUGAGUUUAAGGUAUACUUGGAUAUCUCUUAUCAAAGGAUAAAGGGAUCGCAGCAGAAGACAUAAUUUACUAUGGACUGUGGUUAAUUUGAUGAAAAUAAAUUAAAGCAUAUUUACCGGCUUAACCAUAAGUAGGUUGUUGACAUGCUAACAAAGAGCAUGAAAGAAAGAAACAACAAUAUAAUAAAAACAACAAAUGAAAUCAUCGACAAAAAGUGCUCUAAAA